AUGACUACCACCGCCGCAAUCGAUUUCAUCACCGAUGGCUUCCCAGCCCCCGGUCUGCGACCCAUUCAGCGUCUGAUCACCGGCAACAAGGAGGAAGAUGGCAAGGGCUACUUCCUAGCCACCGAUACCGGCGAUCAUCAUCGCGUGAUGGGUCAGAAUCAGGCCGUGGCGAAUAUUAUCUACUCCACCCACGAGAAUCCUGUUGAUCUCAACGAGGAAAAGGAUAUCAAGUAUGCCCAGGAGAAUGAGGUAAGGACAGAUGAGACGAAAUUAGCAAUUCGAAAAAUUCACGAUCUAAAUACAGCCAUGAAUCUCAAGCUGACAGACAGAAUGAUGGAACAGCCCGGUCUGCAUAUCCCCAACGGCACUGUGGUGCGGAUGAUCGAUUUCGGUCCGGGAGUCGAAUCGCCGAUGCACCGGGCCAUGUCCAUCGACUAUGGUAUUGUCCUAGAAGGCGAAUUUGAAUUGACACUCGACUCGGGCGAAACCCGCAUUAUGAAGCGAGGUGAUGUGAGUGUGCAGCGGGCUACCGCCCACAAGUGGAAGAAUAUCACUGCUGGCGAGACGGAGCCAGGUCGCAUGCUGUACGUAUUGCUUGACUGCAAGGAGGUGACUGUGCAGGGCAAGAAGCUGGAAGGCUUCUUGGGUGAAUUGGAGAAGGAGUACGAAGGAAGACACUAA